UCAGGAAAAGGACAUUUCUUCCUGGAACAUGCUGCUCCCUUCUCUGCUUUUUUGACAGACAGCUUUGGGCGUCAGCAUAACUACUUGCGAAUUUCUUUGACGGAAAAAUGCAAUCUCAGGUGUCAGUACUGUAUGCCAGAGGAAGGUGUUCAGUUAACCCCUAAAUCAGAACUACUAACUGCUCAGGAGAUAAUCACCCUAGCCAAGCUGUUUGUGAAGGAGGGUGUAGAGAAGAUCCGACUGACAGGAGGAGAGCCACUUAUUCGGCCUGAUGUAAUUGAUAUUGUGGGUCAGCUGCGCAAGCUAGAAGGGCUGAAAACCAUUGCUGUCACAACCAAUGGGAUCAACCUAGCCAGGCUGCUGCCCCGGCUGAAGGAGGCAGGGCUGAAUGCUGUCAACAUCAGCCUGGAUACUCUGGUCCCAGCUAAAUUUGAGUUCAUUGUCCGGAGGAAAGGCUUUCACAAGGUAAUGGAAGGGAUCCACAAAGCCACAGAAUUAGGAUAUCAUCCUGUUAAGGUGAACUGUGUGGUGAUGCGAGGCUUCAAUGAGGAUGAACUGCUACACUUUGUGGAUUUCACAAAGGAUCUGCCCCUUGAUGUGAGGUUUAUAGAGUACAUGCCCUUUGAUGGCAAUAAAUGGAACUUCAAGAAGAUGGUGAGCUACAAAGAAAUGCUUGAUACAAUUAAACAGCGAUGGCCUGAGUUGGAAAAAUUGCCCUGUGAAGCCUCCAGCACAGCUAAGAGUUAUAAGGUGCCACAUUUUCAAGGACAAGUCAGUUUUAUCACCUCAAUGUCAGAGCACUUCUGUGGAACCUGCAACCGUCUGAGGAUAACAGCAGAUGGAAACCUAAAGGUGUGCCUUUUCGGAAACUCAGAAGUGUCCUUGAGAGAUCACCUACGGUCGGGUGCUACAGAAGAAGACCUGGUUCAAAUCAUCGGAGCAGCAGUGGGCAGAAAAAAGAAACAGCAUGCUGGCAUGUUUAACAUUUCCCAGAUGAAAAACCGGCCAAUGAUCCUGAUUGAGGCUACACUGAUGUCAUCCCUGCGAUGCCAAGAGGCCCUGCAGAAUCCCCCAAGUUCAAAACAGUGGGGCCAUACAUUUAAUCAUUGGCUGAAUUUGAGAGCAUCUUUAUCCAAAUGGACAAGAAAAGAAUUAAAGGCAAAAAAGCUUACAGGACAGCUCAUCCUGCCAGCAUCUCACCUAGAGCAACAGCGGCGCAUGACAGGAGGCAGCUGUGUCUCCCAAAAGGAUUUGAGCUCCAGGUUUGACACAAAGUGCCUUAAGAUGGAGACUCCUCCUAUUGACCAAGUUUCUGUGGAUUCUCACUCUGAAGAGACAAGUCCAGGAUCUGAAUUCUGCAGCAGUGAUCCUGGCUCUUGCCCCAAGGUACCUCGUGCCUCUGAUAGCUUGACUCACACAGAUGAGGACGGACGGGCCACCAUGGUGGAUGUUGGAGGGAAGCCAAAUUCCAGAAGAACUGCUGUUGCUGGUGCUGUGGUCCUCCUGGGUGAGAAAGCGUUUGGGAUGGUGAGGCAGAACCAGGUGAAGAAAGGGGAUGUGCUGGCAGUUGCCCAGAUUGCAGGAAUUCAAGGAGCAAAACUGACCAGCCAGCUAAUCCCGCUGUGUCACAACAUCCCUCUCAACCAUGUCGAGGUGUCUCUGAGGCUGGAUGAGGCCAGGCACGCGGUGGAGAUUUGCAGCUCCUGUCAGACCUGGGGGAGGACAGGGGUGGAGAUGGAAGCUCUAACAGCUGCCAGCCUGGCUGCUCUGACCGUGUAUGACAUGUGCAAAGCAGUCACUCAUGACAUUGUCAUCGAGGAGGUGAAGCUGCUUAGUAAGACAGGGGGGCAGAGGGGAGACUUUUUAAGGGUCUAGCUCAUACCCAAACAUCCCUGGUCCUCCUUUGUGCCACUGCUCAUAUA